ACUGGAUCCAAAAGCUGCUGCUGUCCCACACACGACCCAGAGGAAAGUUAAAGGGUUAAAUGAUUUAAAAGACAGAACUAAAAAAGACAGAAAUGUGCAAACGUACAUGUUCAGAUGUACAAAGUCCACCUCAGAGAACCGGGAAUUCUGGUGAACGGAGCAGAACAUGUAGGAAAAGGAUUAUGCAUCAGUCACUGAGGUCACAUUUCAACCUCCUUCAUGGUGAAUGAGUUAGACAUUCACCCCCGUCCCUGUCUCUGUCUCUGUCUCCGUCUCUGUCGUGCAUUUGAGCUCUCACUCACUGAAAGGCAGUGACUGCAAAAGGGAAGGUUAUAGUUUCUACAUUUAAAUCGAACAACAAAAAGACGAUGACUUCGCUGCUGCAUGUGAAUCCCAGAGUCAGAGGCAUCGGAGUCUCCUCACAGGUCGGGCUGCAGAGUCUGGCUGCACAAAUCACACAACAGAUCUCCAUGGGGGCAGCGAAACCCUUUAAGGAGGUGAUUGACGUUAGUACCAUUGAUCCACAGAGAGCAGGAAUGAAGCCCAUCUCUUUUAUUCGACAGGUCUUGGCCACGUGUCUUUACCCUCAGCUGCUGGACGACAGAAGUCUUCCUCAGGAUGUCAAACUCAGAGCUCAGAGGCUGCUGGAGGCCUGUGAUGGAGGAAGCGUGGGUUCAUACACGGCCUCAUCUGGGCUGCUUCAUGUCAGGAGAAGCAUCGCUGAGUUCAUCACGAGACGAGACGCUGGAGUUCCUUCAUACCCUGAAAACAUCUUCGUUUCUGCUGGUUCUCAACGAGCACUGAUGGUUGUUUUGAAGCUGCUGGGCCGUGGGGAGGGGGACACUCGUACGGCCGUGCUGACCCCCGUCCCUCCCCCGCACACUCUGCCGGCCGUGCUGGACGAGGCCCAGGUGACCCCGGUGCCGUACCUGCUGGCGGAGGAGCGAGGCUGGGCCCUGGACCUGGACGAGCUGCGCCGAGCUUUAGCGGCCGCUAGAGGGCGCUGUGAGCCCAGAGCCAUUUUCAUCAGCAACCCGGGAAACCCCACAGGUCACGUGCAGGACAGGAAGUCGAUAGAGGACGUGAUCAGGUUGGCAGCAGCUGAGAGACUCCUGCUGUUAGUGGACGAGGUGUAUCAGGACAGCGUGUUCGGACCCAACACAGAGUUUGUGUCCUAUAAGAAAGUCCUGUUUGAGAUGGACGAAGAGUUCGCAGAGACAGUGGAGCUGGUCUCCUUCCACUCUUUAUCCUGCACCACCAUAGGAGAGUGUGGUCUGAGAGCAGGAUACAUGGAGGUGGUGAACAUGGACCCGGGGGUGAUGCACUUUGCAGACACGAUGCUGUGCACCGAUAUCAACACUCCAGUGACGGGGCAGCUGGCUCUGGAUCUGCUGGUGAACCCACCGACGCCCGGAGACGAUUCGUACGACACGUACACGCAGGAGACUCUUCUAACUCGGGCCACUCUGACCCACAAUGCACAGCACGGUCAUGAGCUCCUGAGCGACCUACCGGGGAUGAGCUGCCAGCCAGCGAUGGCUGGGGUUUACCUUUAUCCCCGUCUGCAGUUACCAGCUGAGAUCAGAGAGCAGGCCGAGAGCCUGGGGGUGGACGCUGAUGUUCUGUACUGCCAGAAGUUACUGGAGGAGGAGGGUGUGUUCGUGGGUGCGGGUCAUCAUGGAGGGACGACUGGCAGCCACCAUCUGAGGUUGUGUGUUCUCGUCCCCCGGGACACCCUCGAGGACGUCCUGGCUCGUCUCGGCUCCUUCCACCUUCGCCUCAUGGAUCCGGACGGAGGAGUGGGAACAAGCAGGGAAACGACUUUCUAGACCAACAAAAUGUUAAGAUGAAUUUUAACAAAGUCACGAUAAUAAGUAAAUGUACACGACUGGUAUCAAACCAGGAGCAGGGAGCAUGUUAUUAGCUUAGCUCGCUAUCCUGAGCUAACACGGUAUCACAGAGUCAGGUGAACACUUUCAUUCUUUUUGCCCUAAAGCACAUUUCUGGUUUGGUAAAUAGCUUCAGACUCUCUUUUCAGAACUCCAGCAGGUGAUGUCAGGGUUGGUUUGUCCAUUGUUUCUAAAGUCGAUGGUUCUUUUUACUUUCCGUCAAUGAUUGUUUGAGUGAAUGUAGUGAGUGCGUGAUCUCAUUAACAUGUAAAAGGUCCUAAAGAAACUAAACUUUUGGUUUAAAAUAUGUUGACACACCCAGCAAUGGUUUAUUUGCUGAAAAACUACCUGCAAACUCUUUUACCAUCUAAUUUUUCCAGUUAAAGGUUCCAAAAUCUUGAUCUCUAAAGAAUAAAUGUGACUGCAAAUAAAUAGGAUUUAUACAAACAAUAAAGACAACAAAAAAAAAGCUGUUCAUGUAUUUGGUUUCUGUCCUUGUGCAGGAAAAGAUGGACUGAAAAAAAUCUGAAUUUCAAAUCUCUGAAUUUCUUCUCUGAGCUGCUAUAAAUAUAUAUGAUGUUCACUGAACUGCAUUGGCUUUUGUCUUUGUCUUUAAAGGUCCCCUAAUCCCCCUGGUUUCUUUUUCAGCAGAAGUAAAAUGGGACUUUAUGGUUAAUUAUGAUCAUAUGACAGAUAAUUAAUCAGAUGCCAGUAUAAACUUUAUGCAUGUAGAAAGUGUCCCUGUAUUUUUUUAUGGUUAAAAAUAAUGAACUCCUUCAAAGUGCCACGUUAUCGUCAUUAACUCCAGAUGUUGUGAGUGGAGGCAGAUGUGCUGAGGAGGAAGGCGUUAGUUUGUGGGAUGGGCAGCGAGAACAGGGAGGAUGAUGAAAACAUUCACGUCAGGUGAGAAGAAGAUCAAGGUUUUAGAGUUUGGAUCUGAAGACGCGUUUUCACAAACUGUUUCUAAACUGAAGUAUUUCAUCCUCCACUAUGAUCAUCAAACAAGACCAGCGUUCAUUUUCUUCCUGUUUUGAUCACAGGUGUUUCCCUACCUGUGUGUUAAGGCUGUGUUUCUCCCUCCUCCCUCCCUCCUCCCCCAUCCUCCCUCCUCCCCCAUCACCAGGCUGAGCGUUCUGGCUCCUCCUGCUGCUCUGGAGGAGGUCUUGGCUCUUCUUCCUUCUUUCCACCAGCACCUGUUGGACAGAUUUCCCUGACGCAGAUAUCAAAGACACAGGCUUAAAAAAAAAGAAAAAGAAAAGAAAAAAUAUCAAAGCGUCUUGUCUUGUCUUUCAGCCCGAAUAAUGUAGAUCAUAAUGUAGCUGCAGUCCUUUCUGAUAAUAUGUAUGAACACGUCUUCAUGCUUUACUUAUUGAAGUUUUGCCUAAAAGGUAUAUUUGUUGCACGCGCAAAUAGAAACGCUCACACACUUAUUGUCGUCCGAUCCAACGAAAAUCACCCACAUCUGCUUCGCUGCUCUCACACACUAGAACUCGAAGAGGUCAGACCUGUCCAACAUGUGACUCCUCCAUCUUAAUGCUUUACUAAUAAAAUAUAACCUUUGAGUUGGAUGUUUAACUAAACCAAAAAAAGCCUUUUACUGUGACAAAAAAUGGGUUAAACUGGGUCAAUCCGACCUCCAGGUCCCUAAAUGCAAAUGCUUUUAAUAAAUGAAUAAACCAGAUAUGUUGUUUCAGUGAAGGAUAGAUGCUGCAGCGUCCUCUCGUAUCUGUCCUAACUCGUCCUCCGUCUCUUCAGGGGGACUCAGGUGGACCUCUGAAGGCAGAUGGUCCAUUCACGCCGUGACCAGCUUCGUCUCCUCUCGAGGAUGCAACACUCCCAUGAAGUCCACGAUGUUCACCCAGCACCCUCCUCCUUCACCGAGUGGAUCAGUGACGUGAGUUUCCACUCGGAACGACUGCU